AUGCCAAGGAAGUUUCAGAUCGCCCACUACGGGAGGACUCCGGCCAAGAUCGAGGAGUUGGCGAGUUCUAUUGAGUGUCCCGGCAUUGCCAUGAGCGCCUCCCAAGAAGAGAAGAAGUGCAGCUUCAUAACACCGAGUUCAGAUCCUAUGUAUGUUUCUUAUCAUGAUGAGGAAUGGGGAGUUCCAGUUCAUGAUGACAGGAUGUUGUUUGAGUUGCUUGUUCUAAUAGGAGCUCAAGUGGGGAUGGACUGGACUACUAUACUGAAGAAGAGGAAUGAAUUCAGGGUGGCAUUUGCAGAAUUUGAUGUAGAGUCUGUCUCCAAGUUCACAGAGAAGCAGAUGGUUUCCAUCAGUGUGGAACUGAAGCUGGAUUUAGGAAGAGUUCGAGGAAUAUCACUAUCUACUUUGAAACGUUCUAUUGACAGUUUCCUAGCGUGCCAACAACAUUCCAAGUACAGGGUGACCUUUUCCCUCAAGGUUGGCUUGGCUUGCCUCCUCGUCUCCCUUCUCAUUCUUAUCCAAGCACCUUAUUAA